ACUGGACACUUCUUCCCCCUCUUGACUGAUUUCCCAGGGGGUGAAACUGCUGCGCACAACAGUACACAGGAUUCCUGCAGGAAAGUGGACGGGGAAGCAUUUCCGCACCCCCUCUUCCUUCCUAAAGAAACAUGACUUUUCUGAUGAUGACAAGGGACAAUGAUCCCAAAUGCUUUCUGCAGGUGGAAAACGGGCCGGGAAAUGUUUUCGUGACCCAGCUAGGAGAACACAGGAAAAAAGAGGAUGAAGAUGUGCCUCGGAUUCCUGGCAUGCGAGAGAGCACCAGUGACAUUUUGCGGCAUCACAGAAAAGCACUGCAAAAAUUCCGGCUUCGGAAGAAAGAAUUUGAAAAUGAGCAGGCUUCUGCGGAACUGACUGCCAAGAAGCAAGAGUUCAAAGAGAGGAUGGAAGUGUUGGCCCAACGAAGAGAGGCACUUGAACAAAAAGAUCAGGAUAGGAAGAACCGAAUUCUUGAAUUUGACGCAUAUAUUAAAGAGUGUAAUCAGAAGAAGGAGCGUGUCAUUCAGCUGUACCACCAGGAACACACACUUAAAGUACUAAAGAGGCGUGAGAUAUUCAAACUGAAAAAAGAGCUUAAGAAACUCCAAGUUAGAAAAAAGGAACUACAGAAAAAGAUGGCAAAAUACAAAAGCGUCGAAGAUUUCAUGAAGAAAGUUGCCGCCACAUUCCCACCAGCCUCUCUUGGAUAUCCGGAAGACUCUGUGGUUGAAGCCCUCAUUAAAAGGCACAAGUCACUGUUUGAGGAAAACCAGAGCUUGGUGAAGAAUUUGUCCAUCCAGCAGUGUCACAUUGAGGAAACCCAAAAAGAAUUAGGGAGCUUGCGAGAGGAACACAACACUGCGUCAUUUGUAAUGUUCACUGAGCAUGUAGUUUUUAUGAAGCCCAAUCCAUUCAUUCCACAGAUGCUGCUCGGCAAAAUUUCUGAACUUCAGUCUAAGAAAAGUGCGCUACAAGAAAAAAAGGCACACUUGUGUCACUACAUUAACAAUGAGGAAUGUCUCAUUGAUCAAAAGAGGCAAGAUCUAAGCAGGAUGCUGUUAGCAAUCAACAACAUGGCAGAGUUAUGCUACAUGCCUCAUUAUGGCCCUUUGGUCGACAUGACGUUGCAGUCCAAGCUGGACAUGAUCCAAGAGUCCAUUAUGAGGAAAAAACAGAUCGUAGAGGAAACAAAAGCAUUGCAGUCUGAUGAACUUAGAAGGUCAUCCUCUCAUCUUUUGAGGGAAAGGUCAACUUCUACUCUUUCUAGGGGACAACUUAAAAAGCAAUUAAGCUUUGCCAGUAACGACAAGCUGGAAGACAUAGGAGAAAAAGCAUAAUGAGACAAAUCUCUUUUAAAAAUUCCAUAUACAGAAUGGGAGACACUGCAUGGACUAGUGGAAUAUUUAUAGUAGGUUCUGCACACAAAUCAACACAGAUGGAUGUUAAUGCAUUACCAUAAAUGCUUUGAUUUGUGGGUGAAAAGGUCUUUCAUGCUCAUUUUUGUAAGUAUGGGCUGAGUGAUCUUGAGGGGGCAAUUUCUUUCUGCCUGCUAAUUCUAUGUAUUUUGGUGUUUAUGGGCUUACUGGAGGAGUGGAAGCCAAUCUCUGAAAGGAGUACAAUUUGGAAGUGCUCCUACAGCCAUCCAUUCUCCAGUCAGGUAAUGGCUUUGAUUAGCUGGCAAACUGACCAUAGCUAGUUCUAGGGAAGACUAAUCUAGCCAUCAUGUUCUUUACUCUUGAU